AUGACGAGUUUAUUUAAAAAACCAUCAAAGGAUAAUUUAUUAGAUGAAGUUAAUAUAGAGUUUAGUGAUUAUGAAUCAUCAUCAUCAUCAUCAGUUUCAACCAAUUCCUCACCAAAUUUAAUAUCGCAUAAUAGUAGUGGAAAUCAAAACAAAAAUGGCAAUUUCAAACCAGAAAGUUUAAACUCAUUAACAGAUUUAUUUAUAUAUAUAUUUGGUGUAGAUUUAAGAAGUUUAGCAGCAAUGAGAAUUGGGUUAUCAAUUUUAAUAAUAUUGGAUUUAUAUGUUAGAUCCUUAUAUUUAUAUGACCAUUAUACCGAUGCAGGCACAUUACCAGUCAGUUCAGUUAUAGAUAUAAACCCAUUCUAUUGGUCUCUUUAUUUCAUCACAGCCAACUAUUAUAUUACUGUAGCAUUAUUUAUUAUGAAUGCAUGCUUUGCAUUCUGUUUUUUAAUUGGGUAUAGAACUACCUUGGCCAAUGUAUUGUGCUGGAUAUUCAUGACAUCACUUCAUGUCAGAAAUCCAUAUGUUUUAAAUGGUGGAGACGAUUUCUUUAGACUUUUUGUAUUCUGGGCAAUGUUUUUACCAUGCGGUGCUAAAUUUUCUAUCGACAGUCUUUUAAAUUUAGAGUAUACCAACAAGAAGAACAACACUUUAAACCCCAAAUCAGUAACCUAUAACCCAAUUUCAAGUAGCAAUCAAUAUAUUCCAACAACAGAUUCAGAGGGCAAAUAUUUAUUAUCAUUCGCAAGUGUUGCUAUUCAAGUCCAAUUUGCAUUGGUUUAUAUUAUUACUGCUGCUUUAAAGACCGGCAAAGAAUGGAAUGUCGAGUACAGUUCAGUUUGGUAUGCUCUUCAUUUAGAUCAAUUUGCAACUCCACUUGGUAUUUGGCUUCGUCAAUUUGUUAGCUUGGGUCAAUUUUUAACAUGGUUUACCAUUGUAUUUGAAUGGAUCGGUCCAUUGUUCUUCUGUAUUCCAUUUAGAAAAUUACACGGCCCAAUUCGUACUAUUGGUGUAAUUGGAUUUUGGUGUAUGCAUUUCGGUUUUGGUUCGUGCAUGGAAUUAGGUUUCUUUAUGUAUAUUCCAGGAAUGUGUUCACUUGUUUUCUUACCAUCUUGGUUCUGGGAUAAAAUUUUCGAUUAUCUUUACAGCAAUAGCAAAUCUCAAUAUAGAACUACAUCAUUGAUUUAUAUUAAUUCAAAUAACGAAUCACUUUACAAAACUAUUUCAAUUUAUAAACAAUUCUUUUUAUUACACUCAACUCCAAUUUUAAUGGUACAACGCCACGAUGAAGAAAAUUUAUUAAAUGGCGGUGGUAUAAAUACUGCUAAUGGCACCACUGGUGGUGUAAAUUCAAUAUAUAAUGAAUUUAAAGAAAGAAACUGUUGGAUUGCAGUCGAAAAUUCAAUAACCAACGAAAGAGUGUAUAGUUAUGAUGCUUUUAUAACUUUAAUUAAUUUAUCACCAAUCCUUCAAUACCUUAAUUUAAUCUUUAACACCAAUUUAUUCAGAAGAUUCUAUUCAUUUUUAAAUUCAAACAAAUUAUUUAAUAACCAAAAAUUAAAUCCAAUAUUAAAAGUUUCUAAUAAGAUAUACCCAAAACAAACAAUAACAUGCUCGAGAAAGUAUUGGUUAGAAACAUUUUGUUUUUUAAUGUUAAUUUAUGUAAUAAAUUGGAAUUUAGCAGGUUUAUAUGGUUAUAGAGUACCAGAACCAAUUAGAUGGGUUGCACAAUCUUUAAAAGUUGAACAACAUUGGUCAAUGUUUAGUCCAUAUCCAUCAAAAGAUAAUGGUUGGAUGGUUUAUCCAGGUGAAUUAUCAGAUGGAACUUUUAUCGAUAUUUUUACAGGUCAAAAUAUUACAUACGAAAAGCCUGCUUUAAUUUCUUCAACUUUCCCAACCCAACGUUGGAGAAAAUAUUUAAUGAAUCUUCAAGGUUCCGGUUUUAAAGAGAAGAGAUUGUUAUAUGGAAGAUAUUUAUGUCGUGAAUGGAAUUGGUUUGGAAGACACCCUGAAAAUCAAUUAAAAUCAUUUAAACUUAUUUUCAUGUGGCAAUUAACCCCAACAUUCCCAACCGAGAAAAACCCUAAUCCAACUGCCUUACCUCCAGAACCAAUUGAAUUAUGGUCCCAUUAUUGUUAA